CCCAAACCCUAGCCAGCCGUACGAGGCGCUCGCCGGCGAUGGACGACGCCGGAGGCGGCGUGGCCGCGGCGGCUAUGAACCACCACGCGCGCUCCCCCGAGGACGUCUUCCGCGACUUCCGCGCGCGCCGUGCGGGGAUCGUCAAGGCGCUCACCACGGAUGUGGAGAAGUUCUACCAGCAGUGCGACCCGGAGAAAGAGAACCUGUGCCUUUAUGGGUUACCCAAUGAGACCUGGGAUGUGACUUUGCCAGCCGAGGAAGUACCUCCUGAACUUCCAGAACCAGCUCUGGGCAUAAACUUUGCUCGUGAUGGGAUGAUUGAAAAAGAUUGGCUGUCGCUGGUUGCAGUUCAUAGUGAUGCUUGGCUACUAUCUGUAGCAUUCUACUUUGGAGCUCGGUUUGGAUUCGAUAAAGAAGCCAGGAGACGGCUCUUCACCAUGGUUAAUGGUCUUCCCACUGUCUAUGAAAUUGUGACGGGGGUUGCCAAGAAGCAACCAAAACCUUCCAAUGGCAGCAGCAAAAGCAGCAAAUCCAACUCUAAACCAUCAAGACACUCAAAUUCUAACAGCAAGCCUGCAAAGCCAGCUCAACCAAAAGAUGAGGAAGAUAACGAUCAAGAAGACGCACAGGAGGAGGAGCAAGCAUACUCGUGUGCCUCCUGCGGGGAGACCUAUGUGAACGGUGAGUUCUGGAUCUGCUGCGACAUCUGCGAGAAGUGGUUCCACGGCAAGUGCGUCCGGAUCACCCCUGCGAAGGCGGAGCACAUCAAGCACUACAAGUGCCCUGCUUGCAGCAGCAAGAGGAGCCGGGAAUGACCACGGGAGGGUCCCGUUAGAAUCGUUAGAAACGGUGAAGCAGCAGAGAUGCUGCUGUGAGCCUGUAACCGGUGCACCGGUUUGUUGUACUACUAGUUUCAUCUUUGUGUUGUGUUGGAUAUGGUAACUGGUAGUGUUUAGCAGUCUAACUGCAUGCUGUCGUUGUAGUGUGACGUGUACUAUUGAGAGCACUGGUGUUCAGUAAUCAGGUGCUGGGUUAGUUUGUAACUGUGUAUGAUAUGUUAAUGCCUCCUAUCACGACCUGGGAUUGUUAUUCUGAUGAAGCUCUUGGGAUGCUGAUUCUA